AUGGUUUGUAACGGAAAUAUUGUAACGGUAAUAAUGGCUCCGAGGCGACUUUUGAGACAGCAAUUUUCCAAUGUUACAAAUUCCAAGGAAAACAUCGCUGUCCUAGCAAGGCCCGGACCCAGCAUGCUGGCGAAGCAGGGGAUGGUGGUAGCCGUCCUCGUCGCUUCCACUCCCUGUUGCCUUCUGCUGCCCCCUCCUCCUCGACUUCAACUCUUACCUCUUCCCCUCGACGUCUCUUCCUCCGCCUCCAUCCAUCCUCCUCUCCCCUCCGCAAGCUCCCUUCGCACACCCGCCACUCGGAUCCAUGGCCAUUCUAUCAAGUCGUUCCCUCGCUCCUCUCCUGCUCUUGCCUUCAACGCCCCUUGCUCCGAUGGCUUCAAGACGGACGAGCCCUUUGGACCUCUCUCCUUUGAGCAAGUGCCAGGGGUCAUCGGUACCUUCAACAGUUUCUACUUGUGCGAACGAUGCGGAUUCCAGUGCGAGAAUGUCACGGGAAUGGAUGAGCACAAGAAAGGUUGUACCGCCCCUUACUUCCUCGACAACUGCAGCUCAUCAGAAGACAGCUACGACCCCUUGACGGAUCUCAACGAUCCCAACGGCUACAAAUAUUCCAUCAGCUUCGCUUCACACUCCCCAAUCUUCCGCAUGCUCGAGAGCGCCAAGCGUUCCCUCGCAGGCCGCACAGACCAUGGCAAGAAGUUGAACACUUGCUCGCUCAGGAAGGCCGUCUCUCCUCCGAUCACCCUGAUGAGUGUUGGGAGGGGUUGCCACCGGGUCCUCCUGCGGACUUGUAUGCCCAACAAUCUUGGUCGGAGGAUGAGAAGAAGGAACGCGCUAUCAAUGAAGGCAAGCGGAUGGUCAGACAAGCUGUCGUCUGCCUUUCAGAGGUCAGCAUCCAAGGUCGGGCGUGCGAGUGUCUCCCUGAAGGAGUGGGUGCUCAGCAAACUUGCAAGUUUCAUCAAGGAGAUACGGGAAAGUCCGCAGGUCAUUCAGAAGCAUGGUAUCAGCGGUGUGUUGAUGUACGGAGCUAUCAGCCAUCUGACAUACAGUGUUUGUAUUGUCGUCUCCUGGAUGCUCCACGGCCUGCGGACGGGAUUCUCUCCACUAGAUCAAGAGCAGUGGAAGGGCUUCUUCCUCCUGUACCUCGCCGUGUGCAGCUCGCAGUUCUGGCUCCGCCCUCUCCGCAUCACUGCAGCUCUGACGCUCGCGCCAUGGCAUUCUCGCGUCUUGAACAAGCUUCAGAAGGCUUUCAGCACACCCAAAGAACUGGCUCUCGGAAUCCUCCUCUUCCUUAUCAACAUUCUCCUCCCCCUCGUCAUUCUGCACGUCGGCCUCCGCGUCUCUGCAUUUGUUCUCAACGCUCCUCUCUUCCCCGACCGCCCUCCUCUCAUGCUGUGGGAGAAAGCUGCAGUGGUCAUGGGAGCAAUCUUGGGGCAGGUCAUCGCCGGACCCCUCGGAUCCAUCGGGGGCAUCAUGUGGCUGUACGUGGCUGAGCUUCGCCCUGCUGUUCUCUAA